AUGGCCUCCUUAGCCUGACUCUGACCUGUCUCCGCAGGAGCACAGGGCCAGAGAUGCGGUAAGAGCGCUGGCCAUGGCUGCGCCCCAAGAGCUCACUUUCCACGAGUUUGAGGAAGCUACUGAUCUGCUGGCUGAGACACCAGGAGCUCCCACCAUCUCCAGCCUUGGGGAAGUGCAGGGCCAUGUGAGCCUGGAUGUGGACACUGAGGACCAAGAAGAUGGAGAAUUAGGAGAAGAGAAUGAUCAGACUCAGCUCCUGGGAGAUGAGAAACAAUCUCCAAACUUUUGGACCUUCAGCUACCACCAGUCUUUCUUUGAUGUGGAUACCCAUCAGGUGCUGGAAAGGAUCAAAAGUUCACUGUUACCAGUGCCUAGCCAGAAUUUUGUGAGACACUGUCUUAGGCAUCAUCCAGACCUAUAUGGACCUUUUUGGAUCUGUGCAACACUGGCCUUCACCCUGGCUAUGAGCAGCAACCUGGCCAAUAUGUUUCAGAAUUGGAGAGAGGCUUCCUUUCAUUAUAGUCCACAGUUUCAUAAAGUUACUGUUGCAGGGAUCACCAUUUACUGCUACUCGUGGCUAGUACCAAUGGCAUUAUGGGGCUUCCUGCAAUGGCGUAAAGGGGUCAGAGAACGUGUUGGCUGCUACACCUUUCUGGAGACUGUGUGUGUCUAUGGAUAUUCCCUCUUCAUCUACAUCCCUACUGUGGUCUUAUGGCUGAUCCCCAUCUCAGGGCUGCAGUGGUUUCUCGGGGUCUUGGCCGUGUCACUUUCAGGGGCUGUGCUCUUGCUCACCUUCUGGCCUCUUGUCCGUUCAGACACCAAGAUAAUAUCAGCAGUGCUGCUAACUGUCAUGGUUGCCCUCCAUGCCCUUCUGGCCUUCGGCUGUAAGUUAUAUUUUUUCCAGUCCCUGCCUUCAAGGCCCAUUUUUGUGACCCAAUCCCCCCUCCAUCAGACUACUCCAAGACUUCUACAGCCUCCUAGAGGAACAGAGCUGACAGACCAUUAGUCAUCCUGAGGGAGAAACAACAACAGCAGGGUCCCCAUGCCAAGUGGUCAUCAGCUGAUAUCCACUGAUGGAAGCACCAUCCUGUACUGAGUCACUGUUCAUUCUGCUGGUCUUAAGACAUUUCUUACAAAUCAAAGUUUAUUUCUUAUGCAAAGGUGAUUUAAAGAGACUAUAUAAACAUGGAACUUCUCCUCA